UGAACAAAAGAGCACAAGAAUCACGAUCAUCGCUGUUCCAGUGAUGUAGGGAUAAUAACAGUUUUAAGUGUGUGAAACGUUUUGAUGACUUUUGGACUCAUCUCAUCUCAUCUCAUUUUUCAUCAUUUGAGAGAUGAAAGGAGGAUCAUUUUUAAUCUCUGACUAUUUUUAUGACUUCCUGUUUUGUGAAAACGGAUGCUCAGCCUAAACAGCAGCUCUGAUUCACUUGGAGGGGAAACACUGAUGAAGGUAAUGGACUGAAGCUAUCAAGGUUUUUCCUAAAACAUGAAAAAUAAGAAAAAUGGGUUCCAGUGCAUCACAAGAGGACCAAGUGCCCUUGUUAAAGGACAAUGAAGAAAUUCAGCCUAUUUUUGAGGAACUUAAACUUGUGCUAAUUGGAAGUCAGGGUGCUGGAAAAAACACUAUUGCUAAUGCUAUUCUGAAGGAAAAAGCCUUCACAUUCUGGACGUCUUAUAAAAGUGUCCACAUCAAGAAGACUUGUACAGUAUCAGGAACACAGAUUCAUUUGACUCGCACCCCAGGCUGGAGAGGAGACUUAAGUAGAUCAGAGCAAACCAAACAGGAAAUUGUUCACUGUGUGCAGUCUUUAUACAGUUCUGGACCUCAUGCAAUCCUCUUGGCUCUUAAAGUGAACGCAGUGCUUUCAGAGUCAAACAUCAACACCCUAGAGAAUCUGCUUACUGUUCAGCUGUGGAAACAUACCAUAGUGCUGUUCACCUAUGGAGAAAAACUGGGAGGUUAUAACAUUGAGGAUUAUAUCAGAUGUCAGCAGCUUCAACCUUUAAUCAAAAAAUGUGGAGAAAGAUAUUUUGUGAUCCGAAACAAUGACAGCAACCAGAUUAUUGAGACAAUUCAAGAGCUUGUUGCCAGGAAGAAUUCAGCAUAUUAUUUUAAACUUUCAGCUCAGACAGAGGUUAAUAAUACAUUACUGUCCGACUGGAGACGUCUUGUUGAGAGAAUCAAAUCUAAAAUCGCUUCUCUGUCAGCCUUUAAGGAAAACUUACUGUCAAAUCCAAACACACAAAAUAAUCACUCACUUAAAAGGUUACUUGAUUUAAAGGAUGCAGAGAUAAAGAGACUAAAUGACAUUGUUGAAGAAAAAGAAAGGGAGAUAGAGAGGUUACGAUCAAGAUACUCAAGAACUCAAGAACUUGACCUCUCUGGUCUACACAGAAGAAUCAAAGAACUGGAAGAUCAACUUGAUACGAUGAGCAGUGAACUAGAGGGAAAGAAUACAGAGAAUAAAAUACUGGAAAAACAAGUAAAGGAAAAGGACGCUAAGAUUGAAGAAUUAAAAACAGAGUUACAAAUGCAGCAACAAAAAGCUAUAGAUUGGAGAACACAUGAUGAUCAAAAUGCAGCUGUACAUGCAGGCUAUCUUAGUGAACUCUGUCAAGAUGUCUCAGUGGUGGCCAUAAGAAGCCAGACCCAAAUACAGUUACAGGCACUUCCUUCAAAAGCUCUACUUGGAUGGAGUGACACUCUUCUGAAGAUCUUGAAUGAGCUCUCUGAUGAAGACCUGGAGAAAAUUAAAUACUUCUUGUUCUGGAAUACUACGAAAUACGGGAUAUGCAGGAGCUCAGCAGAGCACAAAAACAGAGUCAAACUGGCAGACCAAAUGCUAAAGCAAUGGGGUGAAGAGCAGUCAGUGCUGAACACACGAGACCUUGUGAAGAAUAUCCCUCGUAAUGACGAUGCCAUGAGAGAACUGUUUGAACCUUACUUGAAGAGCAUUGGUGAGACAUGGUGAUCAUCAACUAAAUCACACAGUCAUCAUUUCCUUCUAAAAGAACCAGGUCUUC